AUGUCCGCUCUGGUGACAGCGAUUAAUGUCAAUUCGACUAAUUUCGGAGUUACGGCAACAGCAACUGCCAAUGGACGUAUUACGCUGACGGGCGAUACUGGAAUUUCGACCACAGGUAAUAUUGGCGGAAUCACUGUGGCGGGGUCUUACAACCAGGUUUCGUCAGGUAAUGUGAUUAUCGUUGACGUCGAAGAAACGAUGUCGAGCACUGAGGUCGUCAACGCUAUCCGAAAUGCUACCAAUGCGACGACCGGCACGACUGGUUUGUCGGUCAGUUCCUCCGGUAGCCGAUUCAACUUCCUGGAAGCAGGAACUUCUGUGGGCUACUUGCAGCAGGCAAAUGCAUUUGAUGCAUUGCUUGACCCAGCGUUCUCGGCGACCCGGGGCGUUGCAAUGGGCAACGAGGCCGUCUACAUCGGUGCUGGUUUCUCCGGAGCUGAUGUUGGUGACGCGAUUGUCGAUGCCGCGACCAAUGCGAUGAUAACGGCGUCGAAUACCGGAAGUGGUGCCAGCAGCAGUGUCGUUACCUUCGAUACGAAUACCGAAAUCGAAGUUGACACCGCGUUUGAUACUCCAUUCACCGUUGGUGGCGACGCCAGUGGUGGUUUCGUGACCGGUAUUGCUUGGGUUGGAAGCAAUGUCUACGCGGUUACGAAUACCGGUGGUUUGUUCAAUCUUGCACCAAACGGUUCGAUCCAGGUCGUAAAUGAUGAAAUCCAAGCUGACUUCAUCGCGACGCUGACCGACGAUCUUGGUAACCCUCUGACGUUCUCCAGUUUGUCAGCCGGGCCUUCGCGUGCCGGCGGCAACACCGGUUACUCGGAUGUUCUGUUCGGCGUGACAUCUGGCGGCGAUAUCUACGCGUUCGAUGGAAACGGUGCCGAUCAGUUUGUCUUCCAUGGUAACCGAUCGAAUAUCUCCACUGGUAUCAGUGGGGUCAGCGGUCUCCAGUUCGGUACGUUGAACGAGAACCUUUGGAACAUCAACGAUAUCGGCGAGAACGAAGCUGGGCAUGGUAUCAACGUGCCGAUCGACAACUCGCGUACCGCUUCCAACGGUGGCCUGAGCUUGUACUUCGGUAACACCGAGGACACGUUUGCCCAGGAUAACGCAACGGGUAACAAGACCACCAACAACUAUGACUUCCCUGGCGAUGCUCAUGGUACGGUUAUUACCGAUGCGUUUAGCCUCUAUGGUUACAACGCCGGUGACCUGCCGACUCUGUACUUCAACUACGAAUUGCAGACCGACGGGAACGACUAUAACUACGGGCCUAUCCCAGAUACUCCAGCGACCGAUGCUCUGCGUGUCUUUAUUGCCGGGGACGAUGGUGAAUGGCACUUGCUGGCCACCAACAAUACGCUUCGUCAAUCCGACACGGGUCCGAACCCAGAUGAUGAAUUCGACUUGAUUGGUGAUCUUGGAAAGUUCAGCAACGCUGCGAUCGACGAAUCGCUUCGUGCUGACGGGGUCGCUGGUACUGAAGGGGUUCAGCCGCUGUUCGACAAUACCGGAUGGCGUCAGGCUCGCGUCGACUUGUCGGCAUUUGCUGGGCAGGAAAACCUGCGUCUGCGAUUUGACUUCUCGACCGGUGGUUCGGUUAACCUCGGAGGACGUCAUCUCAGCAGCAAUACCGACCUGAACACUGAGGAACUUCGCUUCCUGCGUGGUUCUCAGAUGGCUGACGGCGGUACGUUCAUCGUGACCGAUCCGAUUAACG